UCUCUCUCACCCACAAUAUUAUAAUGGUACAAUCAAAGAAGUUCAGAGGCGUCAGGCAACGCCAGUGGGGCUCUUGGGUGUCAGAAAUUCGCCACCCUUUGCUGAAGAGAAGGGUAUGGCUGGGAACAUUUGAGACGGCUGAGGCAGCAGCCAGGGCAUACGACCAAGCAGCCAUUCUGAUGAACGGUCAAAAUGCAAAGACCAAUUUUCCUCCUGCUGCGGCUGCUACUACUAGUACUACAGCUAAAGUCAAUAACAACAACAAAAUGCAGCCGUCGGAUCGUGAACGUGAUCGCGAUAAUCGUGAUCAUCGUGAUAAUCACGGCGAUCCUCCCAUGUGUCAAAAAGCGCUUUCGGAGCUGCUAAGCAUUAAGCUCCGGAAGUGUUGCAAAGACCCUUCUCCUUCCCUGACCUGCCUCCGCCUCGACAACGACAAUUCCCACAUCGGGGUGUGGCAGAAGCGCGCAGGGUCCCGCGCAGGCUCCGACUGGGUCAUGCGGAUCGAGCUCGGAAAGAAGAACGAGAAUAUGAUCGCUAGUAGCACUAGCCCUAGUGGUGCCACUACUAGUACUAGUGGUGCUACAAAUUAUAUGAAUGUUGUUGAAGGUUCUCACGAGGAUAAUAUCAUAAUUGGCUCCUCCUUCACAGCAUUUGGUAGCAGUACUAGUAACAGUGCUGAUCAUCAUCAUCAUCAUCAUCAUGUACUUGAUCUUGAUCAUGAUCAUCAGACUGAUAUUACAGCGCGGAGCGAAGAGGACAGAAUUGCAAUGCAAAUGAUAGAAGAACUGCUUAACUGGAAUUACCCAGCAGUUUCAGCUUCUCCUACAGUGCUACCUUCCCAGUGAUAUAUUAUAUACGUAUAUAAAUAUAA